CACAGAACGGGGAGCAGAAGCGACACACAUUCAACAGCGAGAAGGCAACACAGCGAAAGCCAAGCAAGACACACAAGAUAACACAAGCAGCACAAGCAGCUGGCUGGGGAGAAGAACCAUGGCUUCGCUCACUGCACUGCGCACAGCGGUUGCUUCGGCGCCCGUGCGUGCCACGCCCGCGGCUACGCUUGUUGCUGCGCGCCGGCUCAUGUCCUCCGGUGCACAGGAGUAUGACCUUGCCGUCAUUGGCGGUGGCCCCGGUGGCUACGUUGGUGCCAUCAAGGCCGCCCAGCUCGGUCUCAAGACCGUGUGCAUUGAGAAGCGCGGCAAGCUCGGCGGCACGUGCCUCAACGUGGGCUGCAUCCCGUCCAAGUCGCUGCUGAACAACUCGCGCAUCUACCACCAGGCCCUGCAUGACAUGAAGAACCGUGGUGUGGAGGUCAGCGAUGUCAAGCUCAACCUUGACACCAUGAUGGGUGCUAAGGAGAAGGCGGUUGAGCAGCUCACCGGCGGCAUCGAGUACCUCUUCAAGAAGAACGGUGUGGACUACGUCAAGGGCCAUGGUAAGCUCACGGGCCCCAACUCUGUUGAGUGUGACCUGAUUGAGGGUGGCACGCAGACGGUGAACGCCAAGCGCAUCAUGAUUGCCGCCGGUUCCGAGGUUGCCCCCUUCCCCGGUGGCUCCGUCGAGAUUGACGAGGAGAAGAUUGUGUCGUCCACGGGUGCCCUGUCCCUGAAGGAGGUGCCCGAGCGCAUGGUUGUCAUUGGCGCUGGUGUCAUUGGUCUUGAGCUGGGUUCUGUGUGGAGCCGGCUUGGGUCCAAGGUGACGGCUGUUGAGUUUCUGGGCAACAUUGGCGGCGUUGGCAUUGACCUCGACAUUGCCAAGCAGUUCCAGCGCGUGCUGAAGAAGCAAGGCGUCAACUUCAAGCUCAACACCAAGGUGACGGGUGUGCAGAAGCAGGAUGAUGGCUCCCUCCAGGUGGCUAUUGAGGACGUCAAGAAGGGCAAGACCUCCACCAUCGAUGCAGACGUGGUUCUUGUGUGCGUUGGGCGGCGCCCCAACAUUGCUGGCCUUGGUCUUGAUGAGGUCGGCGUCAAGCUGGACGACCGCGGCCGCAUCGAGGUCGACGACUACUUCCGCACAAACAUCGAGAGCGUGUACGCCAUCGGCGACUGCAUCAAGGGCCCCAUGCUUGCACACAAGGCUGAGGACGAGGGCAUCAUCGCUGUGGAGGGCAUGAUGGGCGGCCACCCGCACAUUGACUACAACUGCGUGCCAUCUGUCAUCUACACCCACCCCGAGGUUGCGUGGGUUGGCAAGACGGAGGAGCAGCUCAAGGAGGAGGGCAUUGAGUACACGGUUGGCACCUUCCCCAUGUCUGCCAACUCGCGCGCCAAGUGCAACGAGGACACCGACGGGCUCAUCAAGGUGCUCGGCGACAAGAAGACAGACCGCAUGCUGGGCUGCUUCAUGGUCAACUCCAGCGCGGGCGAGAUGAUCAACGAGGCUGCGCUUGCCAUGGAGUAUGGCGCGUCGUGCGAGGACGUUGCACGCGUGUGCCACGCCCACCCAACCGAGACGGAGGCCUUCAGGGAGGCUGCCCUGGCUGCGUACUGCGGCAAGGCAAUCAACUUCUAAGAUGGGUGCCGCCGUGUGUUUGCGUGUGUAGGUGUGUGUGAGUGAGUUCUGUGGUAUGGUGGGUGCGUGUGUGUACGUGUUUAUGUGCACGUUUGUUUGCGUGCUCUUGUGAGAGUUUGUGUGUGCAUCCGUGUUGUUACAGUUGCGGCUGUUGUUGAUGUUGUUGACGACAGAGUUGGCGUGCUGCUUGUGAUUGUAUGUGUGUGCGCGUGUGUGUUGUGCGGCGUGGCUGGCUGUUCGUUCAUUACUUGAUAUGGCUGGUGUGGCUGAUGCCAUGUUGCAUCCACACGCACACCAAUCACAGUACAAACAAAACAAUCAACAAACAAGGCAUACCCGCAAGCAAUUAUAUGGGUGAAGCAGCA